AUGCUACUGACCCUUCUUCCUCUUUCUCUCGCUAGCUUCGCCUUCCUCCUCCAAUGGCGAGGCGGAUUCAACGACUCGGUUAAUCAAUGGUUUAACGAUAACCAACCUUUCCCCGGUAUGGCCUCAACCUCACGGUCACUUCGAUCUGAUUCAAGCUGCGUUUCUCUUCUAAGUCAGAGCCAUACACAAUCGUUCCCUUAUCUCCGAGAUUGGAAGCUUGAUCAAAAGCCGGAUCUUAAACCUAUGAUUUGUAUUACGACUAGUACUUCUGCUGGAUUAGAACAGACAUUGCCAUGGAUUUUCUAUCAUAAAGUCAUUGGAGUUUCAAAAUUUUAUCUAUUCGUUGAAGGCACUGCUUCUUCUCCAAAUGUUUCUCGUGUUUUAGAGUCCAUUCCUGGUGUAAAAGUUAUACACAGGACAAGAGAAUUAGAAGAAGAACAGUCUAAAAGUCGGAUUUGGAAUGAGACAUGGUUGGAGAAAUUCUUCUACAAACCGUGUAAUCACGAAUUGUUCGUGAAACAAAGCUUGAAUAUGGAAAUGGCUAUCACCAUGGCUAGGGAUGAUGGUAUGGAUUGGAUAUUGCACCUCGACACCGAUGAGCUUGUACAUCCUUCUGGAACCCGUGAAUAUUCGUUAAGAAGUUUGCUCAGAGAUGUUCCUGCAGAUGUGGACUCAGUUGUAUUUACAAAUUACGAGAGCAGCGUUGAGCGAGAUGAUAUCAAAGAGCCUUUCAGUGAGGUAUCAAUGUUCAAGAAGAAUUAUGAACAUCUUCCUAGAGAUGUUUACUAUUCAAGUUAUAAAGAUGCAACUCGAGGCAAUCCAAACUUUUUUCUUACAUACGCAAAUGGGAAAUCCGCUGCUCGGAUUCAAGACGGCCUUCGGCCUAAUGGUGCUCAUCGAUGGUACAACUACAACGCGAUCCCAAAUGCCAUUAUACUAGACGAAGUCGCGAUUCUGCAUUACACUUACUCAAGAUUUUCAGAUCUUGCUUCAAGACGUAAUCGAUGUGGCUGCAAACCAACUAAAGAAGAUGUCAAGAGAUGUUUCAUGCUAGAGUUUGACCGAGCGGCAUUCAUCAUUGCUUCGAGUUCAACGUCAGAGGAAAUGCUUCAAUGGUACAGAGAAAAAGUUGUAUGGACUGAUGAAAAACUGAAGCUGAAACUUCUUAGGAGAGGAGUUCUGACUCGCAUUUACGAACCAAUGGUUAUAAUCCAAGCGCUAAGAGAAGCCGGUGUUUUUACCUCGGUGGUAACCUCAGCUCACAUGUCUACCUCAAUGAAUAGAAACAACAACAACUCUUCAAACUCAAGCAUUACUAGAGAAUCAACUCAAGCAACUACUAGGAAAAUGUUGGAAUUUAAUCUUGAUGAUGAAUCUCAAGCAGUACCACCGCAAUCGCCUCCAAUCUUGGAAUCAACCCAAAAUGUUUAG